AAAAGUUUGAGGACAUGCGCGAUCCACAGCAGAAAGCGUCACCUUUAGUUUAGUUUUUCUUUUCCAUGUGUUGUGUGUUUACAGGACAUGAGUGAAGAUGGAUGAGGAUGUGUUCGAGGUCCCUGGGAGGACGGACUACCUGUACCUGGUUCAGGAGGAGGAGGCGCAGCAGGAGGUGCAGUAUGCCCGUCACAGACACUACAUCAGCCCCCUGCUGGUGCUGUCGCGCCGCUGCGUCCUCUUCAUCCUCCUCUGCGUGCUCGCCCUCCUCUCCCUCGCCUCCUACCUGGCCUACGUUGCCCAGACGCUGCCUUCAGGAGCCGCGCAGGUCACCACCUCCUGCGGGGAAUUCAGGGGCCGACACAUAAAUGGCGCCUACUCCUUUAAGGGCAUGCCGUACGCCGCCCCCCCUGUGGGCCCUCUGCGUUGGGCCCCCCCGGCCCCCCCGCUGUGUCGUGGCGGGGUUUCGGACGUGGGUCGUUUCCGCAGCAUGUGUCCUCAGGUGCGUCCUCUGAAGGCGGGGGGGAAGGUGUUGGGACAGGAGGACUGCCUCUUCAUCAACGUGUGGACCCCCGCUCUGCAGCCCGCCCACAGACUGCCCGUCAUGGUGUGGAUCCACGGGGGGUUUCUGCACAUGCUGAGUGGGGGGGAGCCGGGGUACUCCCCAACUGAGAAGCUGGCGGCGGACACAGAGAUGGUGUUCGUCAGCUUCAACUACAGACUCAACGCCUUCGGGUUCAUGGCUCUGAACAUGCUGAGGGAGGGGUCUCCAUCCAACACCUCAGGGAACUACGGCUUCAUGGACCAGAUCGCAGCUCUGAAGUGGGUCCAGGAAAACAUCCACGUGUUCGGAGGAGAUCCUGAGAAAGUCACCAUAUUCGGACAGAGCUCAGGUGGGACGUCGGUGUGGACCAUGAUGAUGUCUCCGCUGGCGAAGGGUCUGUUUCGGGCGGCGGUGGAUAUGAGCGGCUCGUACGUCUACAACGCCACGCUGGAACAAGCCGAGUCCGACAACCUGCUGUUCCUGCAGAGGACGGGCUGCAGUGAUCUGAGCUGCCUGAGACGCCUCCCCAUCGCCGACGUCCUGAAGGCCAUCCCAUGGCAGGAGUUCCCGUCCUGGGCUGCAGACGAGGUGAUGGACCUCCCCCUCAGAGGACAGUUCGUGGGCCCCGUGGCGGUGGUGGACGGAUACGUGUUGGAGGCUCCUCCCUUCGAGGUGUGGGAGAAGAAGAAAGGAAACUACAACGACGUCCCGUUUGUUAUCGGGACGACGGAGCAGGAGGCAGACUUCAGCCCACGAGCUGAAAACAUCUCAUCGUGGACCUGGGGAGACUACAGCUGGUUUGUGACAGAUAAGCUCCGGUCCUUCUCUGAGACCCUCCCCAGCGAUGCACUGGAGUUGUACCCGAGCUCGGACCGCUGUCCGACCGCAGACCGCUGCCCGGAGCGCAGCUUCACCUCCAUGGUGUCCGACAUCCGGGUCACCUGCCCCAACAACGACCUCGCCAGGAGGGCCGCAGAGGCUCUGGACAGCCCGGUGUACCGGUACGUUGUGACGCACACCCCCUCCGGCCCGGUGAACGUGUCCGGAGACCUGCUGCCGUUCCCCAGCCGCUUCUCCUUCCACUGCCUGGACACCCUCUCGUUCUUCAGGGGUCUGGAGGCGGCGCUGGGGAAGAAGCUCUCUGACGGAGACCGGAGCUUCCAGGAUCUCAUCACAAAACACCUCGUCACCUUCGCCAAAACAGGUAAGAUGGCGGACGAGUGGCCAGAAUACCCAGCAGCCACUGCUCUCCUGUCCGACCAGCUGUCCACGGUGCAGAGCUACUCGUCCGCUCGCUGUCAGCUGUGGGAGGAAAACGGUCUCUUUGCGUACGCCUGGACCAACUGACCAACCACUGACCUUCAUCACUUCCUCCUCUUCACUGGACUUUAUUAAAAUCACUGCUUUGGAUCUCACACAAAACCGACUGCGAGUUUAAAAGCGCACCGUAAAUGUUGCAAAGAUGUGUUUGAGAUCUACUAAGCUUAAUUUUGAAGUAUUAUGAAGUAUUAAAAACAGUCGUACCUUUUUGUAAAUAUCUACAGAACUGCAUACAAUUAACAAGAGUUGGUUCACAAACACAUUACUUCAUUUUGUGCCUUUCCAGAUAUUUAAAAGACCUCGAUGUGGAAUUUGAAAUACCUUUUCCUGAAGGAAUAGGCAUACUAUGUGGGAUUUAUCCGUUUCUGUUGGUGCUUGCAAGAACAAAGGUGUGAAUCAGAGUAAUAAAACAUUAUGUUAUGACUUAUUUAGCAGCAGUUACUCUCUAAAGCACAGAUACACAUCCACUGAACCCCUCGAGGUGAUGCUGCCAAAUGUUGUGUGUAUGCAGAUAAAGGGCUUGAAAUGUCCAACCAAUGAUGCCAAAAACAUCCAGUAUGCAGAAAAAUAAGCGGAAAAUACGAAUAUCUAACGGCUAUCUGCAUAAAGAAUCCAUGACACACUUCUAGAAGGACAUAAGUGACGAUUAAGAGGUAUUUUGUUAGGAAUAUAUGUAUUGUUUGGGAAAUCCUGCAUUGUAUGCCUUUACUUUCCAUUUGGCUUCAGACCACUAGAGGUGGGAAAGUGUUUUUUGUUAUUUGUGUAAACUGAGUUGGAGUAAAGUUACUGUACACAGAACUGAGAGUUGGUUAAUAGUGAAUAACAGUGUAUCGUACAAUCAAAGAAAAUGGGAAGCCGGAUGUGUGAGGGACAAUCGUAUGUCGUCAUUUUGUGUGUUAGGUCCUUAAAGUGGCGAGAAAGUGAUUGUUUUUUAUUUGGCAAUACACAAGUCAUAUGUUGAACGUUAGAAAAGAUUCCUGUCAAGUAAAGUUGACAUACUAAAUUCAGGGAAAUUAUUGUGGUAAAAAGGGAAUAUUUUUGAAUAACUUUGUUAAACCUGUGAAUAUGUCGGUUAAAUGUGUGAAGUCCUGCAGUUUGCACCAUUUCCUAACCUCUCCUCUUUGCACUUUCCUGUGAAUUAUUUUAUAACAUAAAUAUUUCUUUGCACUCAUGAACGAUUAAGAUGCAUAUGAAGCUUUUAAGUAGAUUACAACGGGGAGCUUAAAUUCACAAUGUUACUAAAUCUGAAACAAUAUAUUCUUCUUUAACCACUUAUGAGCUUUGCAAUCAUAAAUUAUGAUUAUGUCAUCAUGCUUUUUUGUUUGUUAAUGCAUUGAAAAUGUUGUCACCUAUUAUAUGCCCAAUAAAAUUGACACAAAACACAUUA